AUGUACAAGGUAUUGGAGCGCAUUAUCCUGGACCAACUCAUUAAACAUCGCAAAGAAACAACGCGCGACGAGCAAGCUGGCUUUCGUCCUGGCCGAUCUACGAUUGACCAGGUGCUCAUCGUCAGGAGAGUGAUCGAAAUCAGGCAGCGGUAUUCGAAACCAAUGCAACUAGCGUUUCUGGACUUUGAAGCCGCGUUCGACUCUCCUCACCGAGGCCGUCUUCUCAACGCGCUGAGCGCCGAUGGAGUACCAGGAAAAACAGUCGACCAGUGUCCUGCCGACAUUGUCUUAGCACCAUCAGGGUGCCCCUUGACUGACCUCGAGUACGCCGACGAUGUUGUUACAUUCGCGGAAAGCAGUACGAAUCUUCAACAUGUUGUCAACCUUGUAUCGAAGCUUGCUGCAGCCUAUAGACUACGCCUACGUCCUGAUAAAUGCGAGCAGAUGUGGAUCUCUUUGAGACCACGAACGGGAAUCAGGGUGGACGGGCAGCCGAUAGAACUCGUCGAUGAGUUCUGUUACCUAGGCUGUACGCUGAAGAACAAUGGCAGCUACGAGAGAGAUGUUCAGCAAAGAUGCGCUAAGACCACUUCUGCAUUUAACUCCUUAACGAAAUGCCUGUGGUCGAGCCCCAUCACCAACGAAGUCAAGCUGCGAGUUUACCUAUACGCAAUUCGCCCCAUCAUGAUGUACGGAUCGGAGACUUUCGCAGCACCAUCAACGGUUAUGGUGAGGCUUGACUGCACGGAACGAAAGCUGCUUAGACUACUUGGCUACUUUUGGCCUAGGGUAUGUCACAAUGAAGAUCUUUAA